UUGACCGGUUCUCCGUACCACGAAUUACUGGUAUUACAAAGGGACGUGGAAUGCCACCGUCGUAUCGUGAGCUCGGUGGUGAGGCUCUGCGGUGGUGCGGACGUGGCUCGAGCUCUAGAACGUCGCUGGCAUCUGCUGUACCUGAGGGCCAUCGAGUGGGUCUGUCACUUGGAGGCCUGUAUCGCUAAGAGUAAUAAUCAGAACUGCGCUUCAAUAGAAGUAGCGAGUGAUAGUGACGACGAGCCGGCUCUAAAACAACCUCGGCUUACAAGACGCGGCUCACCAAGACGACAGAGGACACCCAUUAAUGUUAUACGGAGGAGCAGCUCGGAAGAUAGCCGGCAGUCUGCGUCUGAGGAGGAACAGGAGUAUGCAGUGACUUACACCUGGCGAGGCUUCGGAUCGGACUGUGAGACCGAGCUGGUGAGGAACAGAGACAGCGAGAUGGAUGAGAGACGAGUUCCGAGUGUGGAGGAGGGAGAAGACAGACAUACGGAUCAGACAGUACCUGGUGGAGAUAAUGUUGAUGGUAUCAGUGUACGCGAAACUGUGAAAAUAGAAGAUAUACCGAAAGAAAUGAGCACUCCACCUACAGUUGUUAAGAGAAAAAAGCCAGUGAACACAUCGAAAUUCAAUCAAUCUGACAGGAAAUCUAAGAAUUGUGCCACGUUCUACUUCAGACAUCACGAUACGGAUUCUGAUAGACAGGUUGUUGAGACUGACGAAAAGUCGCAAGAGGAAUCUUCGGAAGAGGAAUGGACUUACGUGGACGGACCCAAAAUAGCGAACGAAGAUUCCACGGACUUAAUGACAUCAUCCAUCGAAAUACAGUGUGACUUACCAGUAGAUGACAAGAAAGAUAAACUUCCAUCCCCGAAAAAAUUGGAGUCCACAACGCCAGAUCUUAUUAGAGUCGAUCAGAAUUCAAGGUGUAAAGAUCUAGAACGAUUGGUCCUACAGGCUGAGGAAUUGGUUCAGAAACAGGCACAACAACAAAUGGCUAAGAAGAAGAAUACACGAAACCUGAAACCAUUAUUGUUUGACGAGGAAGGUAAAUCGAGCAGGGAAAAGAUGUCGAGAAUCAAGGAAUGGUUGAAUCAGAGUCCAGAAGACAAAAACGAUAGCAAUCAGUGCACUGAAAGCUACGAUGCGUCCGGGGAAUACACUACAGAGAGCGAAGUCGAUACAUCACUGACGUCAGAAGAAAGAAACAUUCAUUCAUCUAUGGACAUGAGCACAUCAACUUGUACUGUGACCCCGACGCAUCACGCCAAGGUAACGCUACGCAAGAAGAGGAAUGCCACACGGCCAUGGUCUGUGUCGUGUCUGUCACAGCUGAGUGCUGGCAUUAUAGCCACGCCCACUGAUGACGUCAUCAACAUGUCCAUAUCAGAGUCCGCAUUGAACACACUGGCAUCGCCGAGAAGAGUCACACCCGGGAAUUCAAGCUCUAAAUUAAGGGGAAGCUCUACCACUGUACAGGGUCACAUAUCAAGCACAAAUACUAUGACAGAGGCUUGUACGUCGUGUGUGGAGGCUAACGAUAAACAAUGUUGGUUGAGAAGGAAAAGGUUGAAACUGAAACGACAGAACAACACUAGGAGGGAGAGAUUAGUUAAGAGUCUGUCGUUCUGUGGAAGGUUGAGUCCAGAAAUAGAAGACAAGAACGAAAGAAGUGCGGCCAGUGACCCCGCCACUAGUAGGAAAAAUAGAUUCGACACAACGUCAACCUCAGACAAUGACAGCGACGCGGAUCUCAUCAAACAGCAGUUGGCAACCAUCGCGAAUCUGAGGAAAAGUAUCGAGAAAACACACAUCUCGAGCAAAGAACAAGAUAGUGCCAUCCCUGAGCAAAACGAAACAGAACUAGUUUGUCCUAGCUUUAAACUUGGCCCCGAAGGUGGGGCCGUACGACCUAGGAUGACUAAAAGUAUGGAGAGAGAGAGAACGUUUUUGGCACUUAGUCUAGGAGACCCCAGUCAAAUGUGGGACCUCAGCGUCGACAAGGACUCUGAGAGUAUAACUGCUGGUACCGAGGGACAUAGCUCUUUUUCGGAACAAGCUUGGGAUUUCUAUCAGGAGAAAUACAACUCGGAACCGUAUUCUGAAGCUCCGGAUUCAGACGCAGCGAGACGGCUGUUGGAAUUUGGAGAUGACUAUAGAGCAUUCCUGGACUCCCAGUCCGAUUGUUGUUCUAGUCUGUCAGCACACCCCGACGAUACGAGUCCCACAACGAGACGACGACGACCGCCGUCCGACACACGGGAACGAAGCCUGCCGAGAUAUAAACGUCCCACUAGAACAUCCCCUGUAGAAACACCAUCACGCAAACCCAAGAAAUCCAUGUCCAGCGCUGAACGGAAGAAAACACUAUUGGACAGUCUGGAAAGAUCCAGAAAUAAUACGAGCAUUGAGAGCAACGAAGGCGUGCGGCGAAGAAAACAGUCAGAGAACGAACGUAAGAACAGCAAACGAUCGCCUGACUUCGAUCUCCUCAACGUACAAGCGCUAAGCCGCAGACGCCACAGCUCGAACUUAACUAGCGACGAAGUUAAUAGUUCCUUGGAAUACACCGAAGUGAACAAUCGACCUGAUAUCUUGGACUCUCUGAACAGACGUCGCAAGGAAAAAGAAGGAGGCACAGAGUUACAAAAGAUCGCUCUGUCUGAACUACGACGACGGUCGACCGGCAGCGCUGACUCGGAAGGGGAGUCCUCUUCACCCAAACACAGCCGGAGAAAUUGGGGCGAUUCUGAUUCAGAGGCCGACGAGGUCAAAUCUCUGGUCCGCCGGUCGAGCACGCAGUUGGAAGUGACGGAGGCUUUACUGGCGCGACACGACUCAUCACCGGAUAUCCUGCGGGCCUUCGACUAUACGGAGGUGGUAACUCGUUGCCGAGACAACAUCAACCUUUUGGAGGUAGCUCUGUCUGAGGCGUCAUUAUCACCAACAUUACAGAAAGAAAUAAGAGCGGUGUCAGCAAGAUGGUCGGCUCUAAGGGCUGCUGCAAUUCGCCGUGGAGGCGCUCGAAGGUUACGUCGCGAGAUUGGAGCUCUAAAAGAGACUCUGGACGACAUAUGCGAGCCAGGAGACUACGCCCCACAACCACAUACACGCGCACAACUACAUAAGAGAAUUGAGGAAUUGAAGGAACGUCUAUCACGUCUACUAGAAUGUAAGGUGUCCAUGUUGAAGCUGACUGUGUCAGUCAGGAGAGCUCUUGGUGAAAUGGAAACAGAUGAUAGCGGAUUGACGACUGAAUUGACUUCCUUGAUCGCUGCAUGGGAUGACGCCCAUCAACGAACUUCAACGGAGUUGCUGUCAUUGGAGAAGGCUGUGUCAGCGUGGGCUGAAUGGGAACGAGCGCUGCGUGAACUUCAGGCAGCGCUGCGUGGGGACCUGGCAGCGUUAGAAGCGCUGCGUGACCGACCCGACUGUGACGAACUCGCCUCACACGUUAGACAUCUAGCCGCUGCGUUGUUUGAUAAGAAGAAGGGCGGUUCUACGUGUGAUUCUCUAUCAGACUCUGGUAUAUCUGAUGGUGACAGUGAGGGCGCGGGCCGUGCGCGUCGAUUAACAGCUCUCAGGGAAUUAGCACGACGUCUACAAGCAGUGCUCGCUCCAAACUCACCCGCACAUAGAGCUAUAGCUAAGCGCAUGGAACAAACAGAAAAUGAAGUUAAAAUCCUGCAAGAAUCCUGCCGCGCUUUGGUCGAACAGAGUAUACCAGAUCUAAAAAUUGACGAAGUGACCCGUGACCACACCAUCGCUGUUUCAAGUAAGAAGACGGGUGCUGGCGAUCCCGACUAUAACCCACGUAGCGGCUGGGUGUGGCGUGUUCUUCGUUCUUCUAUUCCCAUACAAUUGUGUCUAGUUGCAUUACUUCUAGCUGCGUGGCUUGUCGAGCGACCUCGAUGCUGCGAUGCAUUGAAUUCGCUCGCUCAAACACUAACGCCUCAGUUGCGUUACGUCCGUGGUCCGCCCCCAGUGUGA